CUGAUGAUUAUGAUUUUAACCCCAUCGUCAUCUAUAUUUAACAUUGACAUGUUUAUUAUAUCCACACAUAGUACAAGAUGUGUUUGAUGUAGAUCAUGGCUCGAAUACGAGAUUAUGAACUAUAUUUAUACAAAGUGACUCGAGAUCGGAGAUGUUUUACCAUAAUUCAUCACAUACUAUGUAAUCACAUAAUGAUUAUUAUUUGUAUCUGCCUUGUUGGUUCUUAAUUAUGAUUCAGGCAUGGUUAUCAGUAUUAUUAUUUUUUGUGUGUUAUUAAUUGUUUUCAAUGACUCAACAACUAUUUUAUUGUAACUGAAACAACAAGAAAUAAAGUAAAUAUUGUCACUACAUAUAAUUGUAAUUUUUUUUUGUAUCUAGAUGCUGUUUCUUCGUUUUAUGAUUACAAACGUUGAGAGCACAACCAAAUGUUUUCCAGGUGACUACAGACACACCUGGCCUAUUGUUAGCACUGAAAGAAAUGAAGGACGCUAACAUAGGGUGGUACAUUUGUCCAAUGUCGGUAUUCUAACCUUAGGAGUCUUCUCUUUGUGAACCUAGUGUAAUUUUCCAGCACCAGCUGCUAACCUCAAAACAUGUUGGUCAUUUUUGGUAAACUUGAAAAGAAAAUGCAGGUCAUUGAUGAAAAGUUCCAGGGUUUGGUACUGGACGUUCUUUGUGUGAAUAUUCCCUAUUUAAAACCCCGGGUCCCCAUUCCUACACACUUCACCCCCUGGCUCAUUCACUGUUGUACCUAACAAGAAAAAAAAAUGGCAGAAGAAUUUUUGGAACUCCAAGACAUGAUUGAGGAAUUUUCCCCAGUCUCCCCCAACUAUUCGGACAUCACAGAUUGGGAUACAGAUGAUAUUGAUGACAGCCUUCUGUUGGAAGCUGUUGAGGGCAUGAGCACCUCUGUGGAUGAUGAUGACUGUGUCAUCACAGGGGUGGAAAUGCCUUCUACCCUAUCUGUUGCCAGUGAUGCCACCAACAUCAGUGACACCACCACUGAGGGGCAUCCUCCCCACCUCCUCCUCGCCCUUAUACUACUCCUACACGUCCUCAACACAACCCCACACCUCCUCAACACAAACCUACACCUCACGAACACAACCCCACAUGUCCUGAACACAACCACACACUUCCCGAACACAACCCCACACCUCCUAUACAGAACCACACACCUCCCGAACACAACCCCACGCAUCCUGAACACAACCGUACAACUCCCGAACACAACCACACCUCCUGAACACAACCCAACACCUACCAAACUGAAACCCACACCUUCCGAACACAACCCCACACCUCCCAAACUAAACCCAAGACUUUCCAAACAUAACCUCACAUCUCCCGAAAACAACCCCCUACCUCUCGAACACAACUCUACACGUCCUGAACACAACCCAAAACCUCCCAAACACAACCACAAACCUCCUGAACACAACCACACACUUCCCGAACAUAACCACACACCUCCCGAACACAACCCCACACCUUCUGAACACAACCCCACACCUCCCGAACACAAUCCUACACGUCCUGAACACAACCCCACACCCACUGAACACAACCCAACACCUCCCAAACUGAAACCCACACCUCCCGAACACAACCAAACACCUCCCAAACUCAACCCCACACCUCCUGAACACAACACAACACCUCCCAAACUCAACCCCACACCUCCUGAACGCAACACAACACCUCCCAAACUCAACCCCACACCUCCUGAACUCAGCCCCACACCUCCCGAAGACAACCCAUCACCUCCUGAACACAACCCAACACCUCCCACACUCAACCCCACAUCUCCUAAACACAACCCAGCACCUCCCAGUCACAAGCCAACACCACGCAAACUCAAUCCCACACCUCCUCAACACAACCCAACACCUCCUGAACACAACCCAAUACCUCCCAAACUCAACCCCACACCUCCCGGUCACAAGCCAACACCUCCCAAGCUCAACCCCACACCUCCUGAAGACAACCCCACAACCCCGAAACACAGACGCCUUCACACCUUCAACACACACCCAAUACAACCCCUAACUGCCCCAUCUGAAACCCACACCUCUCAAACAUACCCCUUCUAUCUAAGAAAACCCCACACAUGGCCACAUCAAGUCACACUUCACUACCAAAACCAUGCAUUUGUUUAUUAA